AUGGGCAAGCGGCGGCGCGAGGCGCCAGAGCCGGAGCCGGACCGCGACGGUGGGUCAGACAGCGAGCCCGCGGACAUCCACGACAAGCUCAUAGUACAGAAAGCGAAGAAGAGAAGGACAGAGGGCAAAGGCGGGGCUGCGGAGGCGAAACGGGAGCGGGAAGGCCCCAGCCGCCCCACUCCGGAGGACGGGAGCGAUCGCAAGGAGCGGAAACGGGGCAAGAAGCGGCGGCGGGAGAAGAGCCGCACCGACGAAGACGAGAACCCGCGAGCCGGCGAUGCAGCCAACGACCGUGCCGCUGCGGACGCCGCCCCGGAGGGAACGAACAGCGGCGCGGACGGGAGCGAGGGCGGGGCGCCCGCGGGGGUGACGCUCAUCGACGGCCCGGAGGACCGCAACCUUGAGAUGCAGGCGCUGCUGCGGGUGCCGCGGUACUUCACGGAGGCCACGGGCGCCACGGAAAUCAUUGCGAGUUUCCGAUGCCACCGCUGCGGGAGGGCGGGGCACAUGGCGCGGGACUGCAGCGAGAAGGCGAGCAUCCGGCCGUGCUACCUCUGCGCGCAGGUCGGCCACAACGCGCAGGCCUGCCCGAACCUGCCGUGCUUCCGGUGCGGGCGUCCGGGCCACAUGGCACGUGACUGCACCAACAAGAGCCCCAACCCUAAGGGGGUUGCGUGUCUGCGGUGUGGCUCGCCGUACUGCGGGUCGGUCGGCGCCGGGGACGCGUUCCGGAAGGGCGGGAAGUGUCCGCUGGAGGGGCCGACCGCGCAGGACCUGGCGCGGGUCGCGUGCUAUGCGUGCGGGGAGACGGGACACAUGUGCUGCAAGUUGCCGGACACGGGGGCUCCCGGGUCGGCGUGGUGCUUCAACUGCGGCGAGAAGGGACACUGGGGCUGGGAGUGCGAGCGGCCGCGGCCGCCCGGCGCCGAGCGCCUCAUGGCGGCGCCGAUUCGGGCGGAGAUGCGCGACGCGCGGGAGGACUCGGGGCGCGGCCGCGGCAGGGGCCGGUUCAACGCGCACGGCCGCAGUCAGGGGUUAUACCACACGGGGGGGAGUUUUGCGUGGAACCAGGAGGGGGCCUUCGAGGGCGGCGGGCGGCGCGUGGAGUACAGCGAACACCGCGGGGUCACGGUCGGCGCCGCGUUCCUGGCGCACAACGUGCGCCUCGAGGGCCACGACGACCCCAUCCGGCUCGACAUCUGGGACACGGCGGGGCAGGAGCGGUAUGCCAACCUCGCGCCGUUAUACUACCGGGGCGCCGCGGCCGCGCUCGUCGUCUUCGACGUGGGCUCGCGGCGGACGUUCGACCGCGCGCGGCACUGGAUCGAGGAGCUGCAGUCCCGCGCGACCAACCCCAUGGUGGCCUGUUUGGUAGGAAACAAGAUUGACAUCGCGGAGGGACAGAGGGAGGUGUCUCGGGCGGAGGCGGAGGCGUGCGCGGAGCAGAUGGGCAUGCUGUACCGGGAGACGAGCGCGAAGACGGGGGAGGGGGUGUCUGAGACGGUAGAAAUGGUGGCGGAGAAGGCGGUGCGGUUACGCAACCUCGGAUUCGGUGCGGCGCCGGCGGCGGGGGGCAGCGGACAGGCGAGCGGUGCGCCGCACGCGGACACGGCGCCAAGUUGA